CAUUGUAUUUACGCAAUUGAUUGUUUUCGCAUUUUGGUGUUGGCUCACGAUUUACAGUCCUAUCAAGGAAGAAAUGUUGUCUCCAGGCGUUAAAGAACGCAUCGGCGUUGUUUUCGAGGUGGUAAAGACCUCCUUUCAUUGGGGUUUCAUUCCAACGUUGCUGUAUCUAGGAUUUCGCAAAGGAUCAGAGCCCGGUAUGCCGCCACUAACAAUAGCAAACUUAUUAUGGUAAUCUGUUAGCAGCUCAGCAUAAGUGAAACAUUCCGAGUGUGUAUCUAUUAAAUGGGAAUAAAUCACCUUUUGUUCUGAGCUAAACAUGAUUACAGGCCGUGUACAAGCGUACGUGUGUUCUCAGGGUAUUGCGAUUGAUAUCAUCAAUCAAUUUUGGACUAUACAUGUGCAAGCUAUUCUUG